AACCGACGGUCGAUUGGCUCCAACUUGGAUGUGUUUCGGCCUUCAAUCGCGACUGCUCUCUCGUAUAUUUUAACGCGAAAGAUGUAAUGUACGCCAAUCAACAUCAGUCGAGCAUGUCGCAGUGAGUUUCCUCGGCGCGAGAAAAUCCGGCACGUCGGCUCGCUCCGCGUCGCGCGUUUUGUAUAUGUGCUGUUGAGAGGGAAAAUCGAACGGCGCUCUCUCUCUCUCUAUCUCUCUCUAUCUCUCUCUUUCUCUCUCUCUCUCUCGCUCUCGCUCACGAGCGCGAGGCGACGUGUUGACGUAAAAGGCGAAGAUGUCUUCUAAGAGUGAACUGAAGAAGUUAUCGGAGGAGAGCUUAACCAGACAACCAGAAGAAGUAUUUGAUAUAAUAUGUAAAUUAGGAGAAGGGUCCUAUGGCUCUGUAUAUAAGGCAUUGCACAAAGAGAGUGGACAGGUACUUGCAAUCAAGCAAGUACCUGUCGACACAGAUCUUCAAGAAAUUAUCAAGGAAAUUUCUAUAAUGCAACAAUGUGAUUCCCCGUUUGUAGUCAAAUAUUAUGGAAGUUAUUUUAAAAAUACUGAUCUAUGGAUUGUGAUGGAGUAUUGCGGUGCUGGAUCAGUCAGUGACAUAAUGAGGUUAAGGAAGAAAACACUGCAGGAGGAUGAAAUUGCUACAAUUUUGUGUGAUACAUUGAAAGGGUUAGAAUAUUUACAUCUAAGAAGAAAGAUACAUAGAGAUAUUAAAGCAGGAAAUAUUUUGUUAAAUAAUGAAGGGCAUGCUAAAUUAGCUGAUUUUGGUGUUGCCGGUCAAUUAACGGAUACAAUGGCUAAGCGUAAUACAGUCAUUGGUACUCCGUUUUGGAUGGCUCCAGAAGUUAUUCAAGAGAUUGGAUAUGAUUGCGUGGCUGAUAUUUGGUCUCUGGGUAUAACAGCACUUGAAAUGGCAGAAGGAAAGCCACCUUAUGGAGAUAUUCAUCCAAUGAGAGCAAUUUUCAUGAUUCCAACAAAGCCACCACCUAGUUUCAGAGAACCUGACCAAUGGAGUCCAGAGUUUAUUGAUUUUGUCAGCGUGUGCCUUGUUAAAAAUCCAGAAGAAAGAGCAACAGCUAGUGAAUUACUGAAUCAUGAAUUCAUAGGCAAUGCAAAGCAGCCAAGUAUUCUUAGUCAAAUGAUUGCUGAUGCACAUGAAAUUCGAGAAAAACAAAGUGCUAAUCGUACGCAUGUGAUAAAUAAUGUAGCGAUUAAGGGUCAGAAUAACGCUGACGAUUCGGACGAUGACGACUGCACUGGAACCAUGAAGCCUUUGCCAGAAGAUCAAGGAACUCUAGUUCCAAGCCAUGACCUUCUGGAUACAGGGACACUUACUUCGGCAAUGUUAGAUUUAGGAACAAUGGUUAUAAAUAGUGACACGGAUACUGAAGCUACUAUGAAAAGACACAAUACUGGAUCUGUUGAAUCAGGAAAGAAGUACAGACCGCUAUUUCUUGAUCAUUUUGACAAAAAAGAAUCACCUGAAAUCGAAAAGGGAAAUGGGCAAAUUCAACUGGUGCAACAUCCUGAGAUAGAAGCAAAACCAGAAGUGCAAAAUCAAUUGGAAUCUCAGAGGUUUCAAAGUCAUCUACAGCUACAACUCAAUCAAAUUUCACAUCCAAUGCCUGAACCACAACUCAACAACAUAUCGAAGAUACAAAAUGUUUUUAACGAACGUGAAUUUGAUUUCUUGAAGUUCCUUUCGUUUGAAGAGUUGCAGCAAAGAAUGGAAAAUUUGGACGAUGAGUUAGAAAAAGAAAUUAACGAAUUAAAAAAGAGGUACCAAACUAAACGACAACCCAUCCUCGAUGCCAUGGAUACAAAACGAAAGCGCCAACAGAACUUUUAACGGUUAGGUACUUUUUAAACAUACAAGAAACACGUGUGAUAGAUGCAAGGGUGUACAGAUGUAUAAAUAAAUAGAUAUUCUAUAAUCAAGAGACUAUGAUUUUACAAGGAAAAUAAUUUCGAUAGUAUUAAAUUAACUUUCCUUGUGAAAUUAUAAAGUUGAAAGAAAAGAAAGAAAAUACUAGCCAAUAGCCUCACGUCACCAGUGUAAAUUGUUUUUCAUGAUACAAAUAAGAAGAACUACGAUAAUACUUAAUUUUUUCAUUACUUGAACGUAGUUAUUGUUAAAUAUACUAUUCUUAUAGAAAUAUAAUACUUGAUAAAGCAUAUAGGACCCUUUAGCGGAUUAGAGGAGAAAAUGAGAGCGCAAUGAUGCACAUCGACGCGUAUGUAUAUAUGACAACUAGACUGCUAAUUUUGCACUGGAAAAAUUUUUACGAUAUUUAUAGUGUAUUAGGGGUGGGAAGAAAAAUCCUAAUAUAAAAAUAAUAAGAUGUCUUAAUACGAUCAGGCUAGAUUUUAUACGUCUUAACAUACGUCGAUGCUGUUGCCGUUAGGUUCUUGUCAUAUUGCCUUUUUAUAGCAAUAAUUUAGAUGAAAAUUUCAUUAGAGCAUUUCAUUGAUGUAUGAAUUUUCAUCACUUUGAAUAAUAACAUUUUCUCAAAUGCUGCGAUCACGUUCAUGUCGGGUCUAAAACUAUACUAUCUAUAAGCCUAAUCGAUUGAACUUUCUUGAGCUGAUGCCAACUUGUGAAUGAAAACCGUGGUAUUAAUAUAUGUAAUAUUAAAAAAUGUUUGUUACUGGCUGUACAAACUGUAGGUAUGAUUUUGAGUGCCGUUUUUCAUAUUGAUUAACGCGCCAUUCACAUAACUAAGGACAUAUUAGAUGAGGUAAACAUUUUUGAAGACUUUUUAGUUAUAGCGAUGACUUUUUGUUUAGUAUAUCGGUGCUAUAAUCAGAAGUUGGCGUUAAACUCCAUAAAACUGUUCUUGCGCAAGUGUUUUUGACACAGCAGUUGGAAGAAUUUUAUCUCAAUUUAGCUUAGUCAAGAAAUAAAAAAUACCACAUUGAGCAUGAUUCGCUUCCUACUGCCAUAUAGAAUACAGAGAUUUUCCUGGUAAUGUCAGUAAUGCACUUAACUUAUUUUCUGUUUCUGUGUAAUAUUUUUGCAAGUAAACCCUGCGUGAACGUUUUUCUCUGAUAGAUGUGUAUUAAUGUAUCGCCUCAUUUUUUAGAGGGAAAUUAAGAAAACAAACAGUGUCUUCUUUCGUAAGGAACAAACGCGCGUGACAAAUUUUACCGAAAGUGAAACAUAGAUUUUUUUAGUAUUAGUCUUCCCUGUUAGAAUUGUAUUCGAAAUCGUGAGAUUAAUUGUAUUGUUAAAUCAAUGCGAUGACAAAAAAUUUAACAUCAUGUAGUAAAAAAAUACAACAAAUGAAUUUUGUAUUUAUAUGAUGCUGCGACGUGAGAUCUUUUCGGGUCAGAUUUUUUCUUUUAUAAAUUGUUACAACGUUAGUUAUAUAUUAUUCUGAAUUUUUCAAGCGAAGUAGUCGUAGCGACUGACUUAUUAUUAUAUUACAUUUAUUAUAUUAUGAUUAAUGAUUGAAAAAUUUAUUUAACUUUUCUUGAUUUAUUGAUUGGAUGAAUUAUUACCAACUAGCACAAAUCAUUAUGAUUCUUCGUUGAUAAUUGCACUAUGUGACUGUAGAGACAAAUAGAAUGUAUCCAUAUGAAAAUCUA